AUGGCAGCUUUCCAGCAGGCCCUUGCCAACUUCAACAACCAACACGGCAAUACAGCAUCAUCCUCAUCUUCGGUUUCGAUUCGAGGUUCAGCAAAUGGAGCACCAUCUACGCGAGGUAUAGCCUCGGCACUGAGGGGAGCCGGGAUCUCCCGAGAACAAGCCAUGGAACUCGACAACAGUAAUAAUGGCGGUAGAGUUGGUAGGGGCGGCAGAAGAGGCGGUAGGUCUGGAGGACCUCUUGAUCAGACCGGUCGACAUCAUCCAUCAAAUGCUUCCAACAACAAACCAUAUCAAAAAACAGCACCAGCUGGAUCAUUAGCUUCCCGUAUGUCAACAUCUGGACCAUCGAACGCUCGAGGUGGUCGACCCACUAGAGGAAACGCUCCGAAUGCUCGAAACCCAGCUGGUACUCCACCCUUCAUUAAGCAACUUCAAAGUCUCAGCGGUAAAGCUGAGAGAGAUCAUUCGAAAUCUGAACUCGGAAAGAAACUUCACAGUGAAGAAAUGAAAGAAUGGAUCAGAAAGAGAGUCAUCGCCGAGGGAAUUCUUGACAUGUCGAAUCUUCCCAACGAUCCGUGGCUCAAAGAAAAUGGUAUACUGCCACCUGGUCAUCCAAAUGCACCAGCUAAUGCAGGCACAGUAUUCUGGAGGAUUAUCGAAGAUGUGGUGCAAAAGGGCGCUGGUAUAACAAUACAUACCCUUAGCUUAGCCAAUAACAACCUCGAUCACCUCUUCCAGCUUCAAAGGCUUCCCUUAACACUUCCCGACAUUCGAGCUCUUGACUUGAGUGGUAACCCAAUCAAGCAUAUAAGCGAGCUCGAUCAUUUGCGAGCGGCCGGUGAAAAGAAAGGAAAAGCCAAUGCUGGUGCAGGAAGUUUGAAAAGCUUAGUGGAAAUCAAGUUGAAUGAUUCUCCCUUUAGGGAGAAAAUGCUUCAACAACCGGACGGCGCGGAAAUGUAUAAGCACGAUAUUUUACGUCGAUUUCCCGGUCUCAGGAUCUUGGAUGGCGUAGAACUCGAGCGUAUCAUACUCCCUAUCGAUAGAAAGCCGAAAGUCCGUCUCACCGAUUCGCAAAAGGCUGGCUUCAUUGCCAGGCCAUUUUCGUUCCCUUGCGACGUCCAACCUGGUUUUGGUGAGGAAGGCGUCAAGGAGCCAGCAAUGCAGUUCUGCGCCAAAUUUUUCACCUUGUUCGACACUGAUCGAAAUGCUGUUAUUUCCGGAUAUGCACCUAACGCGCUUAUAUCAAUCUCGGCCAAUACUUUACCCUCUCGUUCAGCAAAUCAAACGGAAAUUCAGAAAACUCGACAAAAUCGGCCUCAGCCUGUGCCUUUCGAAGCGUGGACCAAUUUGCCAAGUAGGAACUUUUUCCGAGGAACAACGAGUAUCAAAGCCCGAAUGGACAGUCUUCAAUCACCAGCUGAUGCUGAACGUUUAUUGAGAUGGUGGAAUAAAGCCGUUCCAAAGACCAAGCAUCCUUUAACGGAUCCUUCGAAAUGGGCGUUUGAUACUUGGGUGCUAGAUGGAGAAGCCGAAAGCACCAAAUUAUGCUUAAUAAUUGAGGGAGAAUUUGAGGAGAUGCCUUCCGGGACAUAUCGAUCUUUCUCAAGAACUUUCAUUCUUUCACCUGCUCCGGCAGGAUCAUCUGCUGCCAGUGCUGGAUGGCCCGCUAUCAUCCUCUCAGACACCAUGAUUGUGCAUUCGUAUUUCGGUACAUACGCAUUCGACGAUCAAAAUAGAUCGUUGGCCGUUCACGGCGUUUCGAUCAUACCACCUUCCAUCCCUCCGCCUACUACGUCAACUCCUGCUAUGGACGCUGCCUCUCAAGAUGCCCUUGUGGCUCAAGUAUCACGGAGAACAGGGAUGAACGCCCAAUUCUCCAAUUUGUGUUUACAGCAAAACGGAUGGGAUUUCGAAGCGUCCUUGAAGAACUUUGAGGAAAUUAGAGGGUCUAUCCCUGCCGAGGCCUUUGUUUGA